AUGAGAUAUUGGCUGUUGAAAGCGAGCAGGCUCUUCUGCUCCUUGCUGACUUUACCCUUGUUCCUGGCGCAGGUGUUCGGAUUACGCUCCGCGUAUAAGCGUGUCUUCCCGCUGCUCGCCUACCAUAUAACGUUUUCUUAUAACGACAAAGUGAACAGAAUGAAGAAAGAGCUCUUCCGGAACGUAUGCGGGUUUGCCAACAGCGAUGGCUCGCUGCGCCUGCUCGAGAUCGGCUGUGGCAGCGGAGCAAACUUCCAGUUCUAUCCGUAUGGAUGCACGGUGCUUUGCGCGGAUCCCAACCCUCACUUCGAGACGUACCUGAAGAGGAGCAUGGACGCCAACAAGCACCUGACGUACGAGGCCUUUCUGGUUGCCUCUGCUGAAGACAUGAACGAAUUGGACGACGAGUGUGUUGACGUGGUGGUGUGCACGUUGGUGCUGUGUUCGGUAAGGGACGUGAAGAUGGUUCUUCGGGAGGUCCGGCGUGUGCUGAAAACGGGUGGAGCCUUCUUCUUUAUGGAACAUGUGGUGUCAAAACCUUCAACCUGGACAUUCUUCCUCCAACACACACUCGAACCAUUAUGGUUCUACAUAGGAGAUGGAUGUACGAUCACAAGAGCGACAUGGAAAGAUCUGGAGACCGCUGGCUUUUCUCAGCUUCACCUACAACACAUUGAGGCUCCAGUGACCUCGGUAAUACGACCACAUAUUAUGGGAUAUUCUAUCAAAUGA